AUGUCCUCCCUUCCUGCAGAGCCAGUUGCAGCUGCUCCGCGGCUGAUGCUCGGCAUCCUUCGGCCCGACCGCCGGAAGGUGCGCUUGGUAAAGCCAGGAGAGCUGGGCGUGCAGCUGAAGUACACCAACUCCUCCACCGGCAUUGUUGUAAGCCACAUCAGUGAGCAUGGAUUGAUUGCAGACUGGAAUGCAUCGCAUCCCGACACUUCCGUGUGCCCGGGCGAUCGCAUCAUCGAAAUCAAUGGACGAGUGCUCAAUGGACGAGAGAUGUUGGAGCACAUUCGCCGAGAGGUGGAACUGGAGAUGACGGUGCUCCACUACCCCGAUACAGAUCGGAGCAGUCUGGAGUUGUCCCGAUUUCAGCGCUUGAAGCCGACCCACACUUGCAAUUGGUGCUUUUCAAUUUUGCUGCAGCGUUCGUCGUCGUUGGGGUUAUUGCUGCUGCUGCUGCUGCUGCUGCUGCCGUUCUGA